AUGAAGUACGUUCAACGUGCUUUCGUACUGGGCCUAGCAAGUGGUCUGGUGCACGCAAGCCAGUUUGACCCGCAGAUUGAGCCAUGUCCGCAGGCAUGUUCAAUCGCUGGGCCGGACUCAGCCAACUGGACCUCGUACCAUUCACUCGAUCGACUUCGCCUAUGCAAGAAACCUCUGCACUUUGAUUUCAACUAUUUCAGUCCUCUCGACUCGCAUACCACCACCAAAGCUUGCACAUUGGAUGCCGCGAAGCCUGAUGUUGCUGAAACACAACUCUCCUGCAGUGGGGGAGCAGACAAACCCAUGGACCUCCAAGUGUCAUCUUGGGAUACUUCAAGCUCAGAUGCGGUAGCAGUUGCGUCGGUGUCUGAAGUUAUCGCGGCAUUGAGGUCCCAGAUUGCGGACAGCCACCGUUCCUGCAACAAUUCCGUCGCCCCCGCUGCCUCUCCGACUGUUCUCUUCGCAAGCUAUGGAGACCUUCUCGCAGGUUUGUACAUUGGAAGCAACAUCGACGCUGCCGAUGCCACGCGCGAGCUAUCAAAAGCCGUUCUCGAUGCCAGCGCUGGCUCUGGACUAGGCGAGGCGAAGAUGGCGCAGAUCUGCGGAGCCAAUUUAACAAGCGCCCACACAUUGGGCCUCAUCGCAACCCGUACAGGAAGUGCGCACCUGUUACACCAGGCCAUGCAAAGCUGGACCAAUGCGACAUGCACCGAAGGUUCUCAUCAGUCCACAAAGAGCAAGAUGACGGUCGUGCAGCUGCCAUCAACCGUUGGUGGCAGCGAGGCCGCCGAUAACGGACUGAAGAGUCGUGCUGGCACUUGCACAUACAAGCUUGUCGUCUCGGGGGACUCGUGCGGCUCCCUGGCGACCAAAUGCGGGAUCACUGCUACGGACCUCUACAAGUACAAUCCCAGCAGUACUUUUUGUUCUACCCUGGCUGUUGGCCAACCUAUCUGCUGCUCGGCGGGCUCGCUGCCAGAUUUGAAACCCAAGCCCAACGCCGACGGCACUUGUCAUAGCUACACCGUUCAGUCAGGCGACUACUGCGCCCUGCUAGCUACGAAGAACUAUAUUACCGUUGAAAACAUCGAGUCCUACAACUCUAAAACCUGGGGCUGGCAAGGCUGUAGCAAUCUCCAACGAGGGACUGCUAUUUGCCUGAGCUCCGGUGAGCCACCCAUGCCCGCAAUCGUGCCGGGCACCGCCUGCGGACCCCAAAAGGCCGGCACGACUCGUCCAGAGAACUGGGACGAUCUCAGCGGCUUGAACCCUUGUCCACUCAAUGCUUGUUGCGACAUUUGGGGGCAAUGCGGUAUCACAUCCGACUACUGCACAGUAUCCAACUCCUCCACUGGAGCCCCCGGGACCGCAGCACCGGGGGAAAACGGCUGCAUCUCUAAUUGCGGCACUGAUAUUGUUGCUGGGAGCUCAUCAGUAUCACAGCGCUUCAACAUUGGAUAUUUUGAAGCAUUUGGCGUGGAUCGCUCCUGUCUUGCCAUGGAUGCCAGCCAACUGCCGUCCUCGUACUCACAUGUGCAUUUUGCGUUCGGGCAGGUCUCGUCCACUUUCGAUGUCACUCUCGAUGGGUACCAAGACCAGUUUGAGCGAUUCUCCAACAUGACUUACUUCAAGCGAGUGUUGUCCUUUGGAGGCUGGUCAUUCUCCACCGAUCUGGACUCGUACCCAAUCUUCCGUGAGGGUGUCACCGCGGCCAAUCGAUUGACGUUUGCCCAAAACGUGGUAGCUUUUGUUGAGCGGUACAAUCUUGACGGAGUGGACUUCGACUGGGAGUACCCUGGGGCCCCGGAUAUUCCUGGCAUCCCCCCAGGUAGCCCAACCGAUGGGGCGAACUACCUCAGCUUCCUCAAGACAGUGCGGUCAUUGCUUCCCUCGGGCAAGACCCUGUCUAUCGCCGCCCCCGCCUCGUACUGGUACCUGAAGGGAUUCCCCAUCGCUGAGAUGUCUAAGGUGGUCGAUUACAUCGUGUACAUGACCUAUGACCUCCACGGCCAAUGGGACUACAACAGUCCCUUUGCCAACCCGGGCUGUGAGCUCGGCAACUGUCUCCGUUCACAUGUCAAUUUGACGGAGACGGAGUCUGCACUCUCCAUGAUUACCAAAGCUGGUGUGCCGGCCAACAAGGUGGUGGUUGGAAUCGCCAGUUACGGACGUAGCUUUGGCAUGAUGGAUCCAAGUUGCACAGGGCCAAAUUGCCUGUUCACGGGACCAAACUCAACGGCGACCCCGGGUGAAUGCACUGAUACAGCAGGGUACAUCUCUCAAGCAGAACUUGAGCGUAUGCUCAGUGACUCUGCACGCCUGCGGCGCCGCGACGUGACGUCCUGGUAUGACAAGGAUACCGACUCGGAUAUGAUGACGUACGGCGGGGGCAGCUGGGUCGCGUACAUGUCCCAAAAGACCAAAAUUUCCCGAAUCAAUCGCUACGCUGCAUACGGCUUCGCAGGCGCGGUGGAGUGGGCGCUCGACCUGGCGCAAUUUGUCCUGGGUUCUGGUGAUGACAGCGUUUCGGCGGGUGAGAUCGAAGAGAACAAGCAGAUUUUCACAGAAGCGUUAAACUCCAGUAAUUACGACACCUCCGAAUUUUCGACCUACAAUUUGACCGAUCUUGCCACUCGCCUUGUCGGUUAUGAUGGCUGCUCGCGAGACCAAAAGAACCAAAUUUACUCUGGCUGGCAGCAAUCAUGGAAGAUCAUGAACCAGCUGUAUCAAGAGGCCAACAGUGGCUUCAACUUCAACGAGGCAGCAGCUCUCGAAUUUUUGGGGGCGCCCGCUUACACCAAACCCUUCCAGGACAGAGUCCAGCAGGCGUUCAAACAGCUGGGUACCAUUCAACCUGGUUGGAGCGGGAUUUUCGCGUGGAAGCUGGCAGUUCGGUGUGACGAUUUAUACAAAGCGUGCCCCUGCGGCAAUGGCAACGGGCAGACUAUCGCCUACACGGUGCAGAAGGACGCCAAAUACCAGACUGCCGCAAUUAAUUUCUGUGACCCCUACUUUGAGCAGGACACUCUGGAUGCCAAGAUUGCCAUCUACGCGCAGCCGAAGAAAGCCGUGGAAUACUACGCCGAUAUGGAUCAUUACGCAAGUAACCAGGGUUCCACCUGGAUUCACGAGCUUUUGCAUGUCGAUUGGGCGUCUCUGAAGGGAGACCCGCACAUCUACGACAUCAAGAUCGCAGUCCAAGCCAAUGAUAGGACCAAAAUAUGGACUAAGGCAUACGGGCCCGUGAUCAACAAGGCACUGGGUCGCAUGCUCUAUUCGGGUUUCUGGACCAUGCAAAACGCUGACAGUAUGUCCCUGUAUGCCCUGGCUCGGUAUGUGCAGAAAAAACUGGGAAACAUCUACCCGCACCUCCCCCUUGCGCUCAAACCGGCCGUGGAUGCGGAUUGGCCCUACUUAGUGUCGGGCUUGGAGGUUUAUGAGAAUGGGACGGGCAUCAGUACGAGUGGUUCGGAUGGAGACGUUUCAACCUGGUCGUCGACGACGAGCCAGUGCUCGGAUUCGGACGACCUUGACGGUGGCUGGCAGAACCAGGCCACCAUGACCGUGAGUGGAUUCCCCAUGAGAUCUGAUUACCCGGCGGACUAUCUCUCUAGCUGGUCGUCGUGGGCGGGUCUCACUCCAACCACCACCACCACUGACACUCCCACCGCAACGCCGUCGGGAACAUGGGAGAUCUCCAUCUACAGCCAGGCAGACUGCAAAGGCGACCACUACGAGGUCAUGGGCCACGAUAUUAACAGCCCCCUUAAGCCAUGCUUGGUCAUUUCUGAUCUCGGCACGACCGACACGGCUACCUCGAAUUCGUGCCGGUGGUACUCGGGCGGUUCCUGGGAGUCGUGUGACAAGAGCUCGCUCACACAUCCGCUGUCUUGGAAACUGAAGAGCCCGGGCGAUUCCUGUACCGCCUAUGACAAUGCGAAAUGUGAGAGAAACGGGUCUGAGCAGUCAUAUUCAACCGUCGCGGGGGCUUGCAACAACUAUGAUAAGGCGGAUUUCGACCAGGUCAAGUGGAUUGCCCUGAGAUGCGGAUGGGAGCCUUGA